AUGCCGCGUCGACGCAGGAUCGGAGGCUGUGGCCUCACGUUGUGCCUUAUCGCCUUGGGAUGCUUCGCUUCUCGGAUUUCGGCCUUUUGCAGGCCCUUCAUGGCCAGGAGGCCACCGCAGGUCUCCCGGGCAGCAAGAACACCGGGAAACCAACCGACUGAGCAGCCAGAUUUUCCUGAAUUUGCACCUUCGGGGGACUUCAUGGUGGAGACCCCCUUUUUCAAGGUGGAGAAGUACAAGGAGGGAGAGAGCUUGGGUCUCGCUGCCGUGGCUGGUGUUUUCGUUGCGAUAUCGUUGAUCGCCGGGGUCAUGGCAUCAUCAAACAGGGGUCAAGUCAAUCUGCUGGAAGAGCAGCCGGCGCAGACAGAGGGCAGCACUACCAGCCCACGUCUCAACAAGGAGGGAAAGCCGAUCAGAACGAUAAUGCUCUGA